UCAAGGGGAAAUGAAAAGGUCAAAUUGGUAAUUUAAGCAGAAGCAAAACCCUAGAAAGCGCCCUUUAUAGAUGCCGAGAUAGCCUCAAGCAUUUCCCCUUACAGUUAGGAGGUCGCGUGUGUGCUGGCUCUCUCUCACUCUUCGGCGACCUCUCAGGUCACCAUCUUGAGUUGCAAACAUGGCGGAUGGAUCAUGGCAUCCAUCAGUGUAUCAUAAGAUAAGUGGGCAGUCUUCUCUUAUUUCUAAGCAUUCACCCAGCUUGCACAACAGAAAUUAUGCCAUGACUGGUGCACACGGAAAUGGUCAGCAAAACCAUUUGCAUCCUGCACUUCAUGGCACUGGUCUGGCACUUUUGUCACCCCCCUCACCUGUAUUUGUCCAAGCACCAGCUGAGAAAGGUGCUAGUGGCUUUAUGAUUGAUUUCCUCAUGGGAGGAGUCUCAGCAGCUGUCUCCAAGACUGCAGCUGCUCCAAUUGAGCGAGUUAAACUGCUGAUUCAAAAUCAGGAUGAGAUGAUCAAGGCCGGUCGAUUAUCUGAACCAUACAAGGGAAUCACUGAUUGCUUUGCUAGAACCAUCAAAGACGAAGGUGUACUUUCUCUUUGGAGAGGCAAUACUGCUAAUGUUAUCAGAUACUUCCCCACCCAGGCUCUGAACUUUGCAUUCAAAGAUUACUUCAAGAGGUUGUUUAACUUCAAGAAGGACAGAGAUGGCUACUGGAAGUGGUUUGCGGGGAAUUUGGCAUCUGGUGGAGCAGCUGGUGCUUCAUCCCUUCUAUUUGUUUAUUCCUUGGAUUAUGCUCGAACACGGUUGGCCAAUGAUGCAAAGGCAGCUAAAAAGGGCGGUGAGAGGCAGUUUAAUGGUUUGGUUGAUGUUUACAGGAAAACCAUUAAAUCAGAUGGUAUUGCUGGUCUAUAUCGUGGAUUUAACAUAUCUUGUGUUGGAAUUAUUGUGUACCGUGGGCUCUACUUUGGAAUGUAUGAUUCUCUUAAACCUGUUGUUCUGGUUGGUAAUUUACAGGAUAGUUUCUUGGCUAGUUUCUUGCUGGGAUGGGGAAUCACAAUAGGUGCUGGAUUGGCCUCUUACCCUAUUGAUACAGUUCGAAGAAGGAUGAUGAUGACCUCUGGAGAAGCUGUGAAGUACAAGAGCUCUUUGGAUGCGUUUUCACAGAUUGUCAAGAAUGAAGGUUCAAAAUCCCUCUUCAAGGGAGCUGGUGCAAACAUCCUGCGUGCUGUGGCAGGUGCUGGUGUGCUUGCUGGUUAUGACAAACUUCAGCUCAUUGUCUUUGGCAAGAAAUAUGGAUCUGGUGGUGGCGGCUAAUAUGGUUACUAGUUAUGAUGAUGACGAUGAUGAAGAGUGAUGCUUGUUUAGGUUAUAUUUUCAAGUUGAAUAACUUUUGGAGGAACGUUAGUGAUCCCAGUAUUUAGGGAGUUGAUAUAAAGCGUAUAGUUGCCUAGAACACUUUCAAUUUUGAAUGUUGUUAGAUGGUCUUUAUUUUGUUCUGUGUGUUCUUUGAGUGAGAAUAAUUAGACAAUGUUCCUUUGGACUGGGCUUAUUUUGUAAUAGUGUAGUGUUUCCUAAAAUUAAAUAUAUCUUUCAAUGUUGUUUCAAA